AUGUCGGGCACCAGACCGUCCUCAUAUGCGGAAAAGAGAAGCAGCGGCGCCGCGGGACUGCCUGAUCGAGGCUCCGGGGCAUCUGCCUCGUCGCGGCCACGCGUGGCUGCCGAGCACCCGGGCCUCUUCAGGGAGGGAUCGUUUGGUAGGGGACCUGAGCAGAGGACCGGCAGCCGGUAUGCCGAGAGCACCCACAAGCGGUCGACGUCGGGCCAUCCCGGCCCACGCUCGACCAACAGCUCAUUCGAGGAGCGUCGCACGGAGCGGACGCAAGUAACUACGCGGGAAACCUUUAUCAGCCGGACUAAGAGCCCCCAGCGCCGUGGUACUGUCAGCGAUAGGACGAGGACGGCAGAUGGAUCUAAGCAACGAGCCCCCGAGCCGAGGAGGGACAUGCGCCAGGAGACACCCGUGGCAGCUGUAUGGGAGCCCGAAGCCGUCUUGUUACCGCAUACGACAGCCCCCCUAGCUUGCCGCAUAUCCAUCCCCCCACUAGCUUCCACCGCGCCCCAGGCCCUGCAACCGAAACCUCUACAAGAUCUCUCCCUCGAGGCACAGGAGGCCGUCAUUAUCGAGGACCUUUUGUUUGUGUUCAUGGGGUUUGAAGGCCAGUACAUUCGAUUUGCGAAAGGAUACAACGCAUUCGAGGAGCGGGAUCGACUUUCCGGGCCGCAAUGGCGCAUUCUUCAAGGGCUGGACCCGAGUUUGCUGGACCUCACACAAUCUAUGCUGCGCAUGGCCAGCCACUACACGGCACUAGAGACCUUUGUUGAUGUCCAGAGCCGGGAGGAGUUUGGCUCGGUCAAUCACGCCUUGUGUGCGUCAAUACGAAAGUUGCUGCAGGAGUACCUCGUCAUGGUGGCCCAACUUGAGACCCAAUUCCUCAGCGACGACUCUUUCACCCUGCAUGUCUUGAACGUGCACGUUCUACCGACUAGCCACAUGUUGGCUCAACUCUACGCCGUGGCGCACGAGCUGUUGAAACGAAAUGCCCUCCUAGACGACGAGACGGACGAGUCGAGCGACGACAACGACGAUGUGGAUCAUAUUUUGGAGCAGUUGAGGGAAGGUGGCGAACUGGUACCGGGCAAUAUGACGGGGAAAAAGAUAUGCAAGGGCGGGGUCGUACUUGGGUUGAUCACCAAGAGGCUAGAAUCCAUGUCGGGAGACCCCGCGGCCCGCGCCCUCUUGACUACUCUCCUACGGGACGCCAGCCGCCCAUACAUGCAGAUGCUGAACGAGUGGCUACACCACGGAGGGAUCAACGACCCGCAUGCGGAAUUCCUAAUCAAGGAACAACGGAGCAUUCGACGAGAGAGGUUGGAACAAGACUACACCGACGAAUACUGGGAACGCCGGUACACGAUCCGAGACCACGACGUACCACCUCAGCUCGAAGGUGUCAAAGACAAGGUCUUGCUGGCUGGCAAGUACUUGAACGUUGUCAGGGAGUGUGGCGGGGUCGACGUGAGCCUGCGGGUCAAAGACGUGCCAAUAUCGUUCGACGACAACCGGUUCCUAGAUAACGUCAACAACGCCUAUGCUCACGCAAACGAGUCUCUGAUGCGACUACUUUUGACGGCACACGGGCUCCCAGCGAGACUGCAGUCGUUGAAACACUACUUCUUUUUGGACCCCUCCGACUAUUUCUCCUACUUCCUCGAGCUGAGCGCUUCCGAGUUGCGGAAACCCGUCAAGUCGGUCAACACGGGCAAGUUGCAGUCACUUCUCGAUCUUGUACUCCGGCAGCCAGGUAGUGUGGUGUCCCUCGAUCCAUUUAAGGAGGACGUCAAGGUCGAGAUGAAUGAGAUCACGCUCACUAAGUCACUCCAACGUGUUGUCAACAUCACUGGAAUCGAGCAAGGCGAGACGCUACAGCCGUUGUCCAGCAACCAGCCCUUAGAAGGUGACAAAAACGCCAACGGCUUUACGUCGCUUCAACUCGACUAUGCUGUUCCCUUCCCGGUGUCGCUCGUCAUCAGCCGCAAGACUGUCUGGCGCUACCAAGCCCUAUUCCGAUACCUCCUCUCACUGCGGUACCUGGAGUCGCAGUUAUCAACAACAUGGCAGACCCACACCAGCGGGUUUGUGUGGUCAUACAAGUCGUCCGUACGCAGGCUGGAGAUCUGGAAACGUCGGGUCUGGACCUUACGCGCACGCAUGCUGGUGUUUGUUCAGCAGCUCCUGUACUUCUGCACCGCCGAGGUCAUCGAGCCAAACUGGCAGAGCCUAAUGGCACGGCUGCGUGGGAAGAGCGGCGGUGGUACUGGCCAAGAUGGUGCAGCCAGUGGUUCAACCACGGGUGUCGACCGCACGGUUGAUGAGCUGAUGCAGGAUCAUGUGGAUUUCCUCGACACCUGCCUCAAGGAGUGCAUGCUAACCAACAGCAAACUGUUGAGGAUCCACUCCAAACUCAUGCAAACCUGCACCGUCUUCGCCACCUACACCAACUGGGUCUCGCGCGAACUUGAAAAGGCCGACCCCGACCUUUCAGGCACCACCAAACCCCCAAACAUGACCGACGACCAAUGGCGCCAUUUCCAAACGAUCCGCACCCAAAAAGUCCACCCCCAACAAUCCCACCAGAACCAACCUCAGAACCAAACCCAAAACCCACAAGACCCCAACUCCUCCAUCCUCCAGCCCCCGGACUCCAACUCCACCGGCCCCGGCCCCGGCGCAACAGACGAGGCCCGCAUCGCCGAACUCUUCGAUGUCAUGCGCAAGUGGGAAACCAACUUCAGCCGGCACCUACAGAUCCUACUCGACGCACUCAACCACUACGCCGCAACGGAAACUGUCGUGCUGUUGAGCCUGUGCGCGCGCUUGAGCACAGCGAACCAGGGGACGGAGUACGCCGGGAUGAGGGGUGGGGAGGAGGAUGGCGGGGUAUAA